CGACGAUUUCCGAACCGUCCGUCCCUCGGACUGUUGGAGGCGGCCGCUGCGCCAUGUUGAGCAAAAUCUCCCUUCUGACUGAAAAAGGACUUUUAAAUAACAGUUAUUGAAUAAACAAUAAGUAACCGAAGAAGGUAAAACCGCCGGCAUCCCUCUAGCAAGCGGAACCGAACCGGAACCGAGGAAACCCCGGCUGGGGGAGGGGGAGACAGACCCCCCCGCCGUCCAAAUGAAGAUAAAAUCCCAAUAAACCGACUCUUUCAAUAAAAAAAAUCAACAUCUUUUUUACUGUCCCGGCUCAACUCCGGGAUCAAGAGGCUGCCCCAGGGGAUAUAUCGCUCUACACCUUUUUCUAUAUGUAUUAUAUAUUUUUUACACACCUAGAUUCAUAUUUAUUAUAAUUUGUUCUUCUGUUGACAUUUUUGCGAUGAGUUUGCCGCCGAGAGCGGUACCGAAAUCAGCUGCUGCCGCUGGAAGUGGAUCCGGAACCGGGCUGUCUCCGCCGAGCCAGCUGCGGGCUCUUCCGACCUCUGUGCCGGUACCGGGAGCACCGGCCGCCCCACAGCCGCCAGUCGCGCCGCCGCCGCAAGUUUUCCUUAAUGUGUCGCGCUUCAGGAUCCCCAGAGGUCAACAAACACUUGAAGAUCGGAUCUUCCCUACGCAGGCCACAGUAGCUGCUGUGUUCGGUGUACCCAGGCAGCCUGCACCUCCCUACGCAGCACACGAACUCAACAAGGGACACCCUAGUCUAGCGGCCACCCCCUCAGGCCACACCUCCACUCCAGGACUCUCUCAGGUAUCAGUAUCCACAGCACACCUAUAUCGCUGCAUUAAGGGCUGGGAGUCAGUCGGAGGGUCUCCGUACACCUCUGGGCAGAAUGCAGCAGCCGCUCCUCCUGUUUACCUUCCCCAGCAGCCAAUGAAUGCACAACCACAGAGCCGCCCGUUUGCAGCGGGACCUCGUCCUGCCCACCAUCAGGGAGGAUUCAGACCCAUCCAGUUUUUCCAGAGGUCCCAGAUGCAAACGGCGCGUGCAACCAUUCCCAGUAACAGUCCAUCAAUUCGCCCAGGAUCACAGAACCCCACCCCUGCUGUGUACCCCCCAAACCAGCCAAUCAUGAUGACCAUGACUGCCAUGCCCUUCCCAUCUCCACAGGGAACUCAGUACUACAUACCACAGUACCGCCACAGCACUCCCUAUGUGGGCCCGCCUCAGCAGUAUUCCGUUCAACCACCGGGGCCCAACACCUUCUAUCCUGGGCCUGGACCUGGGGAGUUCCCCACUCCGUACGGAGCACCCUACUACACUGGGCAGACUGUGUACAGUCCCUCUCCACCCAUCAUAGUGCCUACACCACAGCAACCUCCACCCGCCAAGAGAGAGAAGAAAACAAUCCGAAUCCGAGACCCCAACCAGGGCGGGAAGGACAUCACAGAGGAGAUCAUGUCGGGAGGGGGUGGGAGCCGGAACACCACCCCACCCGUAGGCAGGCCAUCCUCCACACCCACCCCUCCCCAGUUUUUAUGUCCGCACCCUCAUUAUCCUCACAUUUUCUACCUCAAAUCCCAGCAGCUGAGCAGCCAGGCCCCGGAUCAUGGGCACGUGAUGUACAGUGUGGAGAACCAGCUUACCCCCACAGCCGUUGACUUCAAGCCAGAAGAGAAGCCAAAACAGGACCCUGCCGUGUUAAAGUCCUCGUCGCCGGGGCUGCGGCAUGACCUCAGUGCUGAGAAGAGGGAUCACAGUGUGACCACUCAGGACCUUUCUCCUCUGGAGAAACCUUCAGAGCUUCCCCUGGUCAUCCCUACUGCUGUUUCCACACCCGCCUCUUCCCCUAGCGCUGCCACCGUUCCUAUUGCUGUCACCAGCAAACCGGCAUUCACAGUGGACAGAGCCGAAUCAGGCAGCCAGAGAGAGGAGACAUCUCCCUCAGUCUCCCCACAGCUCUCAGACACGGCCCUUCCAGAUCCACCCAGGAGUCUCUCUGCUUCCCCGGCUAUCCCCACGUCAGCUGUGGCGGCUGCUGUCGUGAAAGAGAUGAACGGGGUGAGCGAAAAGGAGGCAACCUCACCGUGCAGCGAUGUGGACAUAGCCUCCCAAGAGCCAGUGCUGCUGCUGCUUCAGACUCUGCCUCCGCCUUUGACUGCCAACGCUGAGAGCCAGGAAACCCAUUCGAGAGAGGCCCAGGCAGCGAGCCCAAGCCCGCCGGCCCACGCUGCCAGCACUUGUUCCGCUAUCCUCACCUCCACUGCUAGUGCUGCUCUCAUUGCUGCUGCUGCCCCUCUUCCCAUACUCCAACUAGUCAAUCAUGGGACUGUCGAGGCCGGGGAAGGUAGGAGGACGCCCAUCAGCUCAGAGUCGAAAGAAGUGGGAGACGUGGACAUCCAGCUGGAGGAGACCCUAGACUCCCAGCCACCCAACUCCAGAAAAAGCCCUAUUCCAGCUCAAACUGCUCCUGCUGAACCAAAGACCUGGAAGAAACCAAAAGAGGGAACAGGAGGGCGGGAUGAGGUGCUAGAUGCAGACAGAGAGCCUGAGCCCAGAGAGGAGGGUUCUGUAGAGCAGGCCCUGGAGGCUGAGCCCCAUCGCCCCAGCCCUGUCCCUGUGGAGAUGGAGAAGCAGCAGCAGCAGCAGCCCGUCCCCGAGGAGAACGGAGAGCGGGAGCUGGAGCCUGUGAGAAACGGAGCAGAGCACGUCUCCGAGAGCGAGAGCACAGACAGCGGGGCCACCACGGGAGACAAGGACAGCUCCACUGGGGCUCCGCAAUGCAUCUUCCAGGAAGCGUCUCUGGACACUGAGGGGAAGAAGCAGUAUGACCGGGAGUUCCUGCUGGGCUUCCAGUUCAUGGCGGCCUGCGUGCAGAAACCAGAGGGGCUGCCCCAGAUCAACGAUGUUGUUCUCGACAAGAUAAACCAAAACAAGCUGCCGAUGAGGCCCCUGGACCCCAGAGUGAUGUCCCGUGGCCCCGACUUCACUCCCGCCUUCGCAGACUUCAGCCGGCAGAUCGCAGGAGGGCGAGGGGCUGCUAUGCUGAGUGCGGGUCUGCGGCGGUCUCAGCAAGGCCAGCGCCGGGAGCCCCGCAAGAUCAUCACCAACGUGUCUGUGAACGAGGUGCAGCUGAAGAAGGCAGAGAAUGCCUGGAAACCCACCCUGAAAAGAGACGAGGAGCCCUGCGAAAACAAAACACAGGACCUGUUCCGGAAGGUGCGUAGCAUCCUGAACAAGUUGACCCCGCAGAUGUUCAACCAGCUGAUGAAGCAGGUGACCGAUCUGACCAUCGACACAGAGGAGCGGCUCAAGGGGGUCAUCGACCUGGUGUUCGAGAAGGCCGUCGAUGAGCCCAGCUUCUCCGUCGCCUACGGCAACAUGUGCCGCUGCCUCGCCACGCUCAAGGUGACCAUGACUGAUAAACCGAACAGCACUGUGAAUUUCCGGAAGCUGCUACUGAACCGCUGCCAGAAAGAGUUUGAGAGGGACAAGGUAGACGAUGACGUGUUCGAAAGAAAGCAGAAAGAGCUGGAAGCUGCUGCCUCGUCCAGCGAGCGGGAGCGACUCCAGGAGGAGCUAAAGGAGGCGAAGGACAAGGCGCGGCGGCGCUCCAUCGGCAACAUCAAGUUCAUCGGGGAGCUCUUCAAACUCAAGAUGCUGACUGAGGCCAUCAUGCACGACUGCGUGGUCAAGCUGCUGAAGAACCACGACGAGGAGUCUCUGGAGUGCCUGUGCCGGCUGCUCACCACCAUCGGCAAGGACCUGGACUUCGAGAAGGCCAAGCCUCGCAUGGAUCAGUACUUCAACCAGAUGGAGAAGAUUGUGAAGGAGCGAAAAACAUCGUCCCGAAUCCGCUUUAUGUUACAGGACGUCAUCGACCUCAGGCUGCAUAACUGGGUUUCACGGAGAGUGGACCAAGGCCCCAAAACCAUCGAGCAGAUCCACAAGGAGGCAAAGAUUGAGGAGCAGGAGGAGCAGAGGAAAGUGCACCAGCAGCUGCUGUCCAAGGACAAGAGGAGACCAGUCCUGCAGAGAGAGGAGACCUGGAACACUGUACCUAUGUCUAAGAACAGCAGGACGAUAGACCCCAGCAAGAUUCCUAAGAUCUCCAAGCCUACAAUAGAUGAUAAGAUCCAGCUGGGGCCCAGAGCACAGAUGAGCUGGGGGAAAGGCAGCAGUGGAGGAGCUAAAGCCAGUGAAUCAGAUGCCUCUCGCUCGAGCACUACUAAUUUGAACCGGUUCUCUGCACUACAAUCAUCUGCACAGCCUGCCAUCAUCUCUCCUCCAACAACACCGGCAUCAGAGUUUGAUUCCCGCAGGAGUCUCACCAGCCGGAGCAGCACAGGGCGCGAGAGGAACGACAAGCCUGUGAGCACAGCCCUGUCCCAGCCCGCCACCUUCACCCGGGGCAGCAGCAACAAGGAGCUGCUGGACAACCAGGUACAGGAGGAGCAGCCGAGAGAGGCCCAUGAGACGGUCAUGCAGCUGCCCACCGGCGCCGAGGAGAAGACCGAUACAGACACUGACCGCAGCGGAGCUUACGACACUGGGAAGCCUGAUGCUCCAGCAGCCCCCGCUGCAGACAAGCCUGCCAUUACUGAGGAGGAAAUGGAGAGGAAAUCUAAAUCCAUCAUCGAUGAGUUCCUGCACAUUAACGAUUAUAAGGAGGCAGUGCAAUGCGUGAAGGAGCUGUGCAUGCCCAGCAUGCUCCACAUGUUUGUGCGGGUGGGCGUGGAGUCUACGCUGGAGAGGAGUCAGAUCACGAGAGAUCACAUGGGCCAGUUACUGUUCCAGCUGGUCCAGUCGGGGAGCCUCUCCACACAGGAGUUCUUUAAAGGGUUUGCAGAAACCCUGGAGUUUGCUGACGACAUGGCGAUCGAUGUUCCCCAUAUAUGGCUGUAUCUAGCAGAGCUGGUGAUCCCUAUGUUCCGUGAAGGAGGAAUCUCUAUGAGAGAGUUAUUAAGUGAAUUCAGUAAACCUUUACUUCCUGUGGGAAGAGCUGGGGUAUUGCUUUCUGAAAUAUUGCACCAACUAUGCAAACAAAUGAGUCAGAGGAAAGUGGGAGCCUUGUGGAGGGAAUCUGGCCUCAACUGGAUAGAUUUCUUACCGGAGGAAGAGGAUGUGCACAACUUUAUCUCUGACCAGAAAUUACAGUUCACUCUUUCGGACUGCUCCAGCCCCCCUGAAUCACUUUCAAAGAGAGACCUUUCUCCUGAUGAACUGAACAGACAGCUAGAGAAACUUCUGGAAGAUAUAGUCAGCGAUGAACAAAUCUUCGACUGGGUAGAGGCUAAUUUAGAAGAAUCUCAGAUGAGUUCAACUCCAUUCCUUAGAGCUUUAAUGACAGCGGUGUGCAAAGCAGCAGUGAAAGGUAACAGCACCACUAGCCGUGUGGACACAGCCAUUAUCCAGCGAAGAUUGCCUGUUUUACUCAAAUACCUGAACUCCGAUACGGAGAAACAAUUGCAAGCACUUUAUGCACUACAAGCAUUGAUCGUUAAACUUGAUCAGCCUCCUAAUUUGCUCCGGAUGUUCUUUGACUGCUUGUAUGAUGAAGAUGUGAUCUCGGAGGACGCAUUUUACAAAUGGGAAGUUAGCAAGGACCCAGGCGAGCUAGAGGGAAAGGGAGUGGCUCUGAAAUCGGUCACUGCCUUUUUCACAUGGCUACGAGAAGCAGAGGAGGAAUCAGAAGACAAUUAAUUAGGAGGAGAGACUUUGCCAAUCAGUGCAGAAAGGCCAAUUUACAAAAAAAAAAAGAAAUUCAAUUAAAACAAAUGUAUAAAAAAAAAAUCAACAUAUAUGCACAGAUAGGAAUACAAAAUUCAAUCAU